UGAUGAAGAUGAUGAAGAUGAUGAUGAUGCUCGUGGUGUUUCUGUUCUGUCUGAACUCGGCCUCGGCUGCGAAGCUGAAGGUGGUGCAGACGGAGGGGGGGAAGGUGGAGGGGAAGAAUCACAAGAUGGGGCUGCUCAGGUCCGUCGAUGUCUUUAAAGGAAUCCCCUUCGCUGACGUUCCCGGGAAGUGGGAGAAACCCAAACCUCAUCCUGGAUGGAGCGGAGUCCUGAAGGCAACACAAUAUCGGGAUCGCUGCCUACAGGUGACGCUGCUGCAGACAAAAACCCAGGGCAGCGAGGACUGUCUCUACCUGAACAUCUUUGUUCCUCAGGGACUGAAAUUGUCCACCAACCUCCCCGUGAUGGUGUACCUGUUCGGAGGAGCCUUCCUGUUGGGGACGUCCAACGACGUGGCGAUCCUCGGCGACUCGCUGUACGACGGGAAGGAGAUGGCCGACAGGGGCGAGGUCAUCGUGGUCACGGUGAACUACCGGGUCGGUACGAUGGGUUUCCUGAGCACCGGAGACGCCCGACUGCCAGGUAACUACGGUCUGUGGGAUCAGCACGCUGCCAUCUCCUGGGUCCGCAGGAACAUCGCCGCGUUCGGAGGAAACCCUGACAACAUCACCGUCUUCGGCCAAUCAGCCGGAGCCGCCAGCGCCAGUUUCCAGAUGCUGUCCCCUCACAAUAAAGGGUUAUUCCGCAGAGUGAUCACGCAGUGUGGCGUGGCCCUCAGUCCCUGGGCCCUGCAGAGGGACCCCAUGGCUCUCACCAAGAAGAUCGCUCGUAAAGUCGGCUGCUCGAGGACCAACGUAGACGACAUGCUGACGUGUUUGAAGAUGAGCGACCCGGUCGGUCUGACCAUGGCGGGAAAAAUCGACGUGCUGCUGAUUCUGGGGAAAGGCGUGGUCAUGGAUCUCCUGGAGAUCUCUCCGGUGGUCGACGGUGACUUUAUCCCUGAUGAGCCCAGUAAGCUGUUUCACAACGCGGCUCAGUUUGAUUACAUGGCCGGGGUCAACAGCAUGGACGGACACAUCUUCGCCGGAGUCGAUGUUCCUUCUAUCAACCAGAGGAAGGCCAACACCACCAUGUGAGUACCUAAAGCCCUGCUUCAGGAAC